CGGCUACUCACUUCAUCAUAUCGCUGACGCGGCACUCGACAUUUCGACAAUAAACACAACAGCAUGGCAGAGAGCAUACCAGGCGCCGUCGCGGGCCCCUCGACGCCAGCAGUGCCAUCGCCAGCGCCAGCGCCCACAUCCCCGUUCAUCGACAGACGCGGGGAUACCCUCGCCGUGCGCACCUUCCGGGACGAGGACACCGACCUCGGGCACAUCACGCGGCUGUGCGAGGAGGAGCUGAGCGAGCCAUAUAAUGUGUACACCUUCCGGUACUUUCUCUCCGAGUGGCCACACCUCACGUUCUUUGUCUACCCCUCCGCGUCGGACCCCACACCCAUCGCCACCAUCAUCUGCAAGCAGGACACGCACCGCGAGCGCACGAACAGGGGCUACAUCGGCAUGCUGAGCGUGCAGCGCGCGUGGAGACGGCGGGGGAUCGCAAGGCGGCUCGUCGAGCUGGCCAUUGACGAGAUGGAGGCGCGCGGAGCGCAAGAGAUCGUGCUCGAAACAGAGUUUGACAACAACCCGUCCCUCACGCUGUAUGAGAAGCUCGGCUUUGUGCGCGAGAAACGCCUGCACCGGUUCUACUCGAACGGCAAGGACGCCUUCCGCCUCAUCCUCCCCCUUGCGAGCUAUCCCGGCACCGAGAGCGAAGAGGCCGACCGCGGCCGCUGGCUCGUCGCGCAGGGGCCCGACUCGUCAGACCUCGACUACAUCCUUGCUGGGCCACAAGAGAUGCCAGAUAUGACGGCGGGUUGGCCGGACGUCUCGCGCUUGACGCUGGUCCCGCCGUCACAGCGGGCACGCCCAGACUAUAUCAUAUAGGAUGGUAGAAUACAUACAGGCACGGGGAUGCUGUCCUUGCCGUUUAUCAAUGCACAUGGGUUCUACUGGGCGGUGGUGGUCGCGGCGGCCCUCGCCUUGUCCACCGCCUUGGCCUUGGCCUCGGCCUUGGCGCGCUUCGCCUUGGACUGGACGAGGGGCUCGCCGGCACGCUUCUCCUUCGGCUGGGGGUUUGAUGCCUCCGCAGCCUUCUUCUCCUUCGCUUCCUGCUUAGCGGCAAACUUGGCCGCCCGUUCGCCAGCCUUGAUCGCGAUACGCUCCUUGCGCCCGAUCUUGGGGUGUGUCCGUCCCUCGGCCCUAAACUCGGCUCGCAGCUUCUGCUCGAGCUUGGCGGCGGCCUCGCGGCGCUUCUCCUUGGUCUCCACACGCUUGCGGCGCACCUCGGUCAGGCGGCGCUGUUUGCGCGCAUUGGCGUCCAGAGGUGCCUCGGUAAGAACGCCCUUGAGGUGGACUGGCGCGUAGUAGAUCGCGGGGGUCGGGACCUCGGAAGGCUGGACCUUGGGCUUGGGCUUGGGCUUGGCCGCCACGGGCACAGCCGACUCGCCGUCCUUGGGUUCGGCGUCCUUGGGUUCGUCGCCGAAGAUCUUGAGCGACGUCGUGGGGUACGGGAGGGUGAUGGCAUGGCGCGGUGCCUGGAGCACAGACGGUGGCAGCAGACGUUCAAGAACGUCGAGGGCGGGGUGUGAAGACUUGAUCGCAAAUACAGAAACCCGACGCAGGCCAAACAAUGCUGAACCCUCAGCCUCACGACUUCCCAGCGGCACGAUGCGGAUCUCGGGGCCCUCAGCGCCAAUGUACUUCUCCCCUUCGGGAAUGCGCGAGCGGACAGACUUGGCGAGCUUCUCGUUCUGCCUCAGGAGAGUGUUGUAGGUCGCAGCGUACAUUGGCAAGGGGUCGAUGAGUGCCUGGGGCGACACGGAGCCGUUGAAGACGAGGACCAUUGACAGUGGAGCGGAGGGAGUCGAGGGCGACGCCGGCUCUACCUUGUCGGUCGGAGCGGUAGGGAGGAAGCGAGGAAGGUCAUCGUCCUGUGCCGAUCGCUUGCGGGCGAGUAAGUCGCUCAGAAUCGCGCUGCGGAAGCGGAGGUCGUCAAUACUGUGCUCCAGCGCCUUGAUGGUCUCGUUCAAGCCGAUAACGAAAUGAGUGAGGAUGUCGGGUGUAGGUGGUCCGCAGCGAGUCGGCACGCUGGGCUCAGCAGUUGCCGUCCCAGGACCCGCGACCUGUAAAGCCUCCGCCAGGUCGGCGUCCUCCAUCGCGACGUCCCCUCUUCCAGUAGCCUUCUUCGCCUCCUCGGCAACGACGGCGCCGGCCUCGUCUGCGCGCUUUUGGGUGCGGCGUGCACGCUUCCCGGCUCGCGAGGAACGUGCGCGGUCCGUGUGAUAGUCGGCGACCGAGGACGGCACAAGCUGUGACAGCGCGGCCAUGACGCCGACCUGGAGGUGGUUGGGGAUAUUGGGCCUGGGGGUUCAGAUUGAGCUGUAGCAGACCACGCGACGUACCACCCCACGGUCAGCGGGCUCAUGAGCAGCGGCUUGACCACGUCCUUCUUGAGGUCGGCGCGGUCAGCCCCGCUGCCCUUGGCCUUGGCCUGCUGCCUUAUUGUCUUGCCUGGCAGCGUUGCGGCUGGCGGCAUCGUGCAA